AUGGGUCUACCGCCACCAUAUGAACAGAUGCCACCAAAUCCGGUACCGCCACCAUCAUAUUUCGGGAACGAUCCGCCUCCACCAGAAGACCCUCCACGAACGCGUACUAUUGUAGUUACACAAAUCCGGGAACCGCCAUUAGGCCCUCCAAAACUUGGUCCAGGACCCACGGGAGCAUCAUGCCCAACUUGUAAUAAAUCAAUAGUAACUAGAGUGGAUUAUGUUCCUAACAAUCGAACACAUAUCGUGUCAGCUGCUCUUUGUGUUCUUGCAGGAUGCUGUUGUGGCUGCUUCCUGCCGUACUGCAUGAAAUCGUGCAGGACAGCGAACCACUACUGCCCAGCUUGCAAAGCCUUUAUUGGCUCCUAUCAGCCGUCGUAA